CUGUGUAAUGUGUUGUUUGUUUGUUGAUGUUUUCUUUUCACUAAUAUUAUAUAUAUUGUUCUUUUAAUAUCCGUUGAAGACAUUAAUUUAACGUUUUAUAGUAGAUAUCUGUGAUUUUAUGAUUGAUGCAACUUUUUUAAUAAGAUAUAUAAAAUGUCGCAAAGACGCCAAAUUAGGAGAAAUACCGUUGAAGAUACCACUACGUUAGACCGCGCUGCGGUUGAAUGUGUUCGAUACGUUUUUUCUCGUGAAGGAAGCAAAUUACCAAUUAAAAGGACUGAAAUUUUAAAGUAUUUGCAAAAUGUCUGCGAGACCCCUUCUAACCAAAUUAAUAGUGUAAUGGUUGAGGCCAACAAAGUUCUAAAAUCGGUUUACGGGUACAAAUUGGUGCAGAUUGAGGCAAAGAAUGGUGUACAGUAUAUAGUGGUACUUGAUGAUGAAUGCCAAUCAUUGUCAUCAAGUGUUAUAGAUCCCCAACAACGUAGGAUAUUAAUUGCAUGUUUAAUUCACAUAUUUAUGUCAGGAGGGCCUGUUAAAGAAGAUGAUAUGUGGAAAUUCCUCUCAGAGUGUGGUCUGUUGGAGGAGAAUGAUUACGCUGGUCGCAAAUCGUUCAUUAGUGCAACAACUAAACAAAUGUAUUUACUUCACACUAAGGUUGGUGACGGUGAGUUGGCAAGAAAUGUAUUUGAAUGGGGCAAAAGAGCCACAGAGGAAGUACCUAAAAUAUUUCUACUCAAUAAAAUGGCAGAGGCUUUAGAUAAAACACCUGAUCACUGGUAUGAACAAUAUAAGGAAGCUACUGAAGGGACUUAGUUUUAUAGAUGAUUUUGUUAAUAAAUAAAAAUAAACCAUUUUUUUAUAUUAAAA